UGCCUUUAAGGCUGUAUAAAUAAUUUCAUAUGGUUACAAUGUUGUAAAAAUGUUUUAAUAAGUUAAGUAAUCCUUUCGAUCUUGUAAUAAUAGAUAAUUCAUAGUUUAAGUUGAAAAAAUAUUGUCGUGAAACGCUACUUCCGGUUUCGCCGCGCUACUUCCGGUUUCGCUACAGGAUGUUAUGAAGUAGCCAUGUUGUGGAAUGCGGUCAGACUUACAUCUGUUGCCAUCUGCUGUGAUUCAUUAACGAGGCAAUGCCUUUUCACCGCUCAGUAAAGAAAAUUACAAGCUAGUACAGUCUCCUGGGUUCUUUGCUGGUGGUUUAGCUACGCGUUUCCUCAAGACGCUACAGUGAAAAGGCAGCAUCUGAUGUGUCAUCGUGAUCAAGAUGGCAGCAAGAAAUAAAUCUGCGACAAGUCAAACCGGCAGCACAUGCUCAUCCGUAGGAAGCGCUGCUCGUGCCCGAGCUAAAGCAGAAGCAGCAAAGGUGAGAGCGUCGUUUGCAAAUAAAGAAGCAGAGCUAAAAGUGGAAAAAGCUGAAAGUGAACUACAAAAAAUGAAAAUUGACACAGCGCUAGAAGUGUUAGCAUGGCAAAGAGAAGCUCAUGCUGCAGAAGCAGAGGCUGAAGUGCUAGAAAAUGCAGAGGCAAUACAAGAUGAACAUGAGAGCAGAAAUUCUUUAUUGGACAGUGUAAAAAGAGAAAGAACAAAUUACUAUGUGCAAUCACAAAGCGAAAUUCAACCUCCAAUCGUACAAGUAUCAGCUACACCAACGCAACACAAGGCCUCAGAUAACUCAUUAGUAACAUGGGAUCCAUCUGAGGAAGAUGCUUUUGAGCCACCACCUGUCAGCAUUAGGCCAAAGUUCACGUUCAAGAAGACAGCUUUGCCAAUUCAAACCAAACUUGGGACAAAACCAAAAGUAGAACAAACAAAGAACGCUCUUAGUCCACACGCAUCCCCAUUCAUGCCUCAUUACAAUAAUGCAGCGAGCUUACCUCACCCAGCUGAGCCGUUUGCCCAAUAUAUGGCACGUCGAGACCUGAUCACAUCUGGCCUCUAUCAAUAUGACGAUAGGCCAGAGAACUUCAGAGCAUGGUACUCUUCAUUCAGUGGUGCUAUAGCAGAAGUCCACCUGACACCGACUCAAGAGUUAGAUCUCAUGACCAAAUGGCUGGGAAAGGAAUCUAGUAGUCAGGUGAAGCGCAUACGCUCAGUACACGUCAACAACCCCAGUGCAGCCCUAAAGAGAGCAUGGGAGAGGCUUUGUGAGUGUUAUGCAGCCCCCGAAGUGAUCGAAAAGUCACUCUUUCAGCGAUUGGAUAGCUUUCCAAGAUUAACAACAAAGGACAAUGUCAAACUGCGCGAACUAGGGGAUCUCCUCCAAGAGAUUCAAGGAGCCAAGGAAGACGGCUAUCUUCCUGGUUUGUCGUAUCUGGACACUUCACGAGGAAUAGGUCCAAUAGUCGACAAGCUCCCGUACCCACUCCAAGAUAGGUGGAUGACUCAGGGUUCUAACUACAAAGAAGAUCAUAAUGGUUGUUUCCCACCCUUUCAUUACUUUUGUGCUUUUAUCUGCAAAGAGGCAAAGAAACGCAAUGACCCAAGUUUCACCCAACAAAAUAGUCAAACGUACAUUAAACAAGAAAGAUCCAACCCUAAGAGCUUUAACUCACCCAGACCUAUCGCUGUGCACAAAACAAACAUUACAACUACAAACAACGACAUAAACAACAACUGCCCACUGCACAGUAAGCCACAUCCACUAAAGAAAUGCAGGACAUUCAGGUACAAACCAUUGGAGGAAAGAAAGGCCUUCCUCAAAGAGAGAGGAAUAUGUUUUAAAUGCUGCUCUUCAGACACUCAUCUCGCUAAGGACUGUAAAUCUACAGUAAAGUGCACUGAAUGUGACAGCACACGCCAUGACACCGUCAUGCAUCCAGGUCCUCCACCUCAAAACAAGGCUCCUUCACCUGCUCAAGAGGACGGCGGGGAGGGAGAAAAACAACCCGACAAUGUCGAUGUAACAUCAAGCUGUACCAAGGUGUGUGCCCAAGGUCAAUGGGGUCGCUCAUGUUCGAAAAUAUGUCUCGCCAGGGUGUAUCCAAAGGGUGAAAAAGAAAGUGCAGUUAAAGCUUAUGUAAUCCUGGACGACCAGAGCAAUCGUUCCUUAGCUAGGCCUGAGUUCUUUGAACUUUUUAAUAUUAAAACCAAGCCUUUCUGCUACAACUUAAGAACAUGCUCCGGGCUUGUUGAAACACAGGGCAAGAUGGCUGAAGGUUUCCUGAUCGAGUCGCUUGAUGAAUCAGUCAUCAUCCCACUACCUCCUCUUAUUGAAUGUCCAGACAUUCCCAACAAUAGGAGUGAAAUCCCAACUCCAAGCGCUGUGCUGCACCAGCCUCAUCUUCGUCCCAUAGCCAAAUGCAUUCCUGAGUUAGAUCCUCAGGCUGAAAUUCUCCUGUUGCUAGGUCGAGACAUCUUACGUGCACACAAGGUUAGAGAACAACUCAAUGGGCCUCAUCAUUCUCCGUUUGCCCAACGGCUAGAUUUAGGGUGGGUCGUAGUUGGAGAGGUGUGCCGGGGUAAGGUUCAUAAACACACGGUCAACACGUUCAAGACGACGAUUCUCGAAAAUGGCCGUCCAACAGUUUUCGGACUCUGUGACAACUUUCUGCAACUCACAGCAAUGCCACGCACUAAAAGACAGGAUAAGGCACCUGAACAAACUCUCGGAAAAACAGUAUUCAAUCGCACAGAAAACGACAACAAACCAGCUCCAUCUAUCGAGGACAUUCUCUUCUUGGAGAUUAUGGACAAAGGAAUGUAUAGAGAUGACAAGAAUAAUUGGGUAGCACCCCUUCCCUUCAAAGAACCUCGCCAACAGAUGCCAAACAACAGGGAGCUUGCAGUCAGUCGGUUUUUGUCUCUCAAAAGAAACUUACAGAGAAAACCUCAAAUGCAAGAGCAAUACGUCGAGUUCAUGCAAGGCAUUUUCUCCAAUGGUCAUGCUGAAGUGGCUCCUCCACUGAAGCAAGGUGAAGAGUGCUGGUAUCUUCCAACGUUCGGGGUUUAUCACCCACAAAAGCCCAAUAAGAUCAGAGUUGUUUUUGAUUCCAGUGCCCAGUAUUCCGGCGUCUCCCUCAACAGCGUCCUUCUCUCCGGGCCUGAUUUGAACAACAGUUUGCUUGGGGUCCUCCUACGAUUUCGGAAAGAGGCAGUUGCCAUUAUGGCAGACAUACAGCAAAUGUUUCAUUGUUUCCUGGUGCGUGACGACCACCGAAAUUAUCUCCGUUUUCUGUGGCAUAAGGACAAUGAUGUAAAUAAGGAGGUCAUCGAAUAUCGAAUGAAGGUCCAUGUAUUUGGAAACUCGCCAUCACCUGCAGUAGCCGUUUAUGGAUUGCGCAAAGCCAUCCAGGAAGGGGCAAAGGACUAUGGCGCCGACACAGUCAAGUUUGUGGAAAGGCAUUUUUACGUUGACGAUGGCUUGAUCUCUGUGCCUUCUCCAGCUGAAGCAAUUGACUUGCUCCAAAGAACAAAAGCCGCUCUUGCUGAGUCCAAUCUUCGUUUGCACAAGUUUGUCUCUAAUUCUCGAGCAGUCACAGAAGCCUUUUGUCCUGACGAUUGUGCAACAAUCAUUAAAGGCCUAGAUCUGGAAGGUGAAGAAACUCAGUCACAACGAAGCCUAGGUCUCAUUUGGGAAAUAAUGACAGACACUUUCACCUUCUCAGUGGCCACUGCAAUUAAACCAUUCACUCGCCGAGGUGUUUUGUCUUCUGUUAACAGCAUCUUUGAUCCUCUGGGUCUGUUGGCACCUGUCACUAUCCAAGGAAGAGCGCUACUCCGUGAACUAUCAUCAGAGUGUUCAGAAUGGGAUGCACCUCUUCCGGAGAACAAGCAAAACAAAUGGGAAAGUUGGAGAAAUUCCCUAGAAGAUCUUAAAGAGCUUCACGUCCCAAGAACCUACACAUCAACUUCUCUCAGGCAAGCAGAACGCAACGAACUGUAUUUAUUUUCAGAUGCUUCAACCAAAGCAAUUGGUGCUGUAGCCUACCUGAAAGCAGUCCAACAAGAUGACAAGGUUGAGGUAGGAUUCAUUAUGGGCAAGGCAAGACUUGCUCCUCAAUCAGAACCCACUAUACCAAGGCUUGAACUGUGCGCCGCUGUCUUGGCAGUCGAGAUGGCCGAUCUAAUUCAGGAGGAGUUAGACCAACAGCUGGAUGCAGUUCAUUUUUACACAGACAGUAAAGUAGUUCUCGGCUACAUCUGUAACGAGUCAAAAAGAUUCUACACAUAUGUCCACAACAGAGUGCAGCGUAUUCGUCAGUCCUCCAAGCCAGAACAGUGGCAUUAUGUGCGCACAGAGGAAAACCCUGCAGAUCAUGCUUCACGAUCACUCACACCAUCUCAACUGGCAAAAACAAUAUGGUUCACCGGACCAUCCUUCAUCUAUCGUUCAUCUGCAGAAACAAACCAAGCAAGUGGGAAGUUUGAGUUAAUUGAUCCAGAAAAAGACUGCGAAUUAAGGCCACAAGUUAAAACACUGGCGACUAACCUUCAAGUCCUCACAUGUAAAGGCUUCCAACGCUUCUCUACCUUCAAGUCAUUGGUCAGAGCGAUAGCUUUCCUCAUUCACAUCGCAAAAUCAUUCAAUGGCAGUAAUCCAAACAGAAAAUGCAAAGGAUGGCACAAAUGUCACCUACCUCAAACACUGGACGAAAUGACUCGCGCUAAACAUAUCAUUCUCAAGGAGACACAACGAGCAACGUUUGGAAAAGAACUGUUGGCUCUUCAAGCUGGAAAACCAAUUCCCACACAAAGCCCUCUACAAAAACUCAGCCCAAUCCUGGAUGAUGGCCUUAUAGUUGUCGGAGGCCGAAUCAAGCACUCUGAUUUUGAGGACUUUGAAAAGAACCCAAUAAUCAUUCCCAAGGACUCUCACAUUUCUCUCCUGCUCACUCGUCACCACCAUGAGCAAGUAAAACACCAGGGUCGCCACCUGACAGAAGGCGCAAUAAGGGCUGCUGGGCUUUGGCUUAUAGGUGGCAAAAGACUUGUCAACUCUGUGAUCCACAAAUGCAUUAUUUGCCGCAAACUACGUGGUAAACAGGAAGAACAACGCAUGGCAGAUCUGCCAUCAGAACGCCUUAAAAUGUGUCCUCCUUUUACUUAUGUGGGCCUUGAUGUUUUCGGGCCAUGGACAAUAACUACCAGGCGUACUAGAGGUGGACAAGCCCAAAACAAGCGCUGGGCCAACAGAGAUCGUGCCUUCUACCACCUCCUGGAGAAUUCUUGGAGAAGGACUUGUACACUAAGCAAUGGAGGCAAGUUCAGGCUCUUGCCAACCAGUUUUGGAUGCGUUGGAGGAGGGAGUACCUGCCCUUACUACAAAAGAGACAAAAAUGGACUCAAUCUAGAAGAAAUCUGCAAGUCGGUGACCUUGUUUUGCUCAAAGACAAGCAGGUCACACGCAACAGCUGGCCUAUGGCCCGGGUCACUGCAACAUUCCAUGGAAAGGACAAUCGUGUAAGAAGGGUCGAAGUUAAAGUCAGUGACCAAGGCAACAUUAAGACAUUUAUGCGACCAGUGACGGAAAUCAUCCUCCUCCUCCCCAAAGACUGAUUCUUUCAAGGUUUAGUUAAGCUUAUGGUGCCCCCUACGGGCCAGGCGGGGAGUGUGUUGCCUUUAAGGCUGUAUAAAUAAUUUCAUAUGGUUACAAUGUUGUAAAAAUGUUUUAAUAAGUUAAGUAAUCCUUUCGAUCUUGUAAUAAUAGAUAAUUCAUAGUUUAAGUUGAAAAAAUAUUGUCGUGAAACGCUACUUCCGGUUUCGCCGCGCUACUUCCGGUUUCGCUACAGGAUGUUAUGAAGUAGCCAUGUUGUGGAAUGCGGUCAGACUUACAUCUGUUGCCAUCUGCUGUGAUUCAUUAACGAGGCAAUGCCGUAAGUCGUGUGUCGUUUUAAUCUUAAUGUUUACGCUGAUAUUUUGCUAUUAUUUUGUUAACUUUAUUGGAGGAGCGCACUUUAUUUUCAUGUUCUCUUCAGCUAUUCGC